GAAAAAGAAAAAAAGAGAGAAACGGAGAAAGAAAGAAUUGUAGAGCUCUGUUUAUUGAGGUUGGGACACACGGAGCCGGACACGCAUUUGCGUGCAGGGAUCGUUCUCAAUUUAGUUUGGGGUUGUAGCAACGAGUGCAUUACUGUCUCCGAGAGCACACUAGGAUUCUAAAUUUCUUUUGGAAUUAUUUUGCAGCGGAGUAGUUCCAUUCAUGUGCCGAUUGCAGCUUCAAAAGGAAAGAUCAGAAGGUGUUUCAAAGUCCAAAACCCUUAAGAGAGCACAGUAGCAGCUUUGCAUAUUGCUGCAUACCAUGUGUGUUCUUCACAGGCAGCAUGAAUGAAAGAUAGAUUAAAGGGACAACGUUUGGGAAUUCCUGUUAAAGUAUUUUAUGCAUGUUCGUAUUAAGAAUAAAAAGGAAAAAUAGAAUAUUGUCUUCUUUUUUUUGCAAGGUUCUUAGUAAGUGAAUGCAUUUUGAUUUCAAUGUAGCUGUGUGCAACUGUGUUCGUGCAAUUUAUUUAGCAAGGUAUUGUAUUUGCCCCAAAUCUAAUGUUGCAAUCUGGUUGCAAAUACACUGCAUUCGGCUGUGCAAUCGUUGCACGGCAUUUGCAAAAGCUUCAUGUUUUACGGCGACCUUGGAACUAAUUGGUAUCCAGCAGGAUCUGAACUAAAAUAAAAAAAAAAUAUACAUCUAUAAAUUGUCGUAUGUUCAGGUCCAAACGCUCGGGUCUUGUGCGGCGACUCUGGAGAACCCGUUUGAUUCCAGAUAGAGAGGGGGGAGAUGGAAGCAGUAAAAAUAGCGAGGUGGAUCGGGACGAUCGGUGCAGCAGAAACCCGGAGAAAAUCCCCAAAACGGAGCUCAGACCGAUGACCCUCGGCUCGCCCAGGGACCGAGGUGGGGGUUGCAUGAGAAAUCCUGCAGAAAGCGCCAGGACAGGCAUCACUUUGGAUCAAGACAGAGAUGCGUUUUGCAUCCAGGGUCAGGAUCAGGAAAGCCCCAGAUCCUCGCAGGAAAGCGAUUGCAAAACGGUGACCUGCUGUUUGUUUAAGAAUCGGGACCACUCUGGACCCAAAACCCCAGACACGGCUCGGGAUAAAGAGCCCAGGUCGUGUCACUUCGCGCCGAGGAGCCACCAGCACCGGCAGGACGCGCUUUCUGUGAGCAGUGAGGAUGCUAAACCCCGCUCAGCAGUGGAGCAGGAGCUGAAAUCCGCAACCUAUUCUCUAUUGAAAAGGCUAAAGGAGAAAUCCUUGGAUACUCUGGUGGAGGCCGUGGAAUCGAAAGGGGGUAUGCCGACCGAUUGUGUGAUGGUAUUUCGGACAGAGGUGCGGGUGGGCGGCCAGGCGGCUUCCCCUCAGCUACUUCUGUGCAAACUCUACCGCUGGCCCGAUGUGCAGCACCCGGCAGAGCUCAAACCGCUUUGCGACUGCGAGAGUUUUGGGGUUGUGGACAGUCCAGCGGUGUGCUGCAACCCCUAUCACUUCAGCAGGCUAUGCGGGCCAGAGUCUCCCCCUCCUCCAUACUCCCGGCUGUCUCCUAAUGAAGAGUUUAAGCCACUGGAUCUUUCAGAUUCAACAUUGUCAUACACUGAAACUGAGGCUACAAAUUCUCCCAAUGUCACUCCCGGGGACUUCUCAGAUGCCAGUAUGUCACCCGACACGACGAAGCAAAGCCACUGGUGCAACGUGGCGUACUGGGAGCACCGGACCCGAGUGGGCCGCCUCUACACAGUGUACGAACACUCUGUCAGCAUCUUCUACGACCUACCUCAAGGGAACGGCUUCUGCCUGGGACAGCUCAGCCUAGACCACCGGAGCGAGACCGUCCGAAGGACUCGGAGCAAAAUAGGAUACGGGAUUUUGCUCAGCAAGGAGCCGGAUGGGGUGUGGGCCUACAAUCGGAGCGAGCACCCCAUUUUUGUCAAUUCUCCGACACUGGACGUUCCUAACUGCAGGGCCUUGAUCGUGCGCAAAGUCAUGCCCGGGUAUUCAAUCAAAGUGUUUGAUUACGAGAAGUCCUGCCUUUUACAGCAUGCCAUGGAGCAGGAUUACACAGACGGACCCUACGACCCUAACAGUGUUCGGAUCAGUUUCGCCAAGGGCUGGGGGCCUUGCUACUCGAGACAGUUCAUCACGUCGUGCCCUUGUUGGCUGGAGAUCCUGCUUAACAACAGAUAAAGUCAACCUCCGAUUUAAAGGAAAGUCACGAGUGUGAGCAG